AUGGCUUCCCCUUCUCGUAGUCGUUCUCGACCGCCUCGCCACGACCUCGUCACUCGAAUUCACGCCGAUGCUCUUGAGACACCCACUAUACUUCUCGGAUCCAUCGACAUCUCCAACAGCCAAGCACAAGAAGACUCGAGCUCUUCGGAAUCUGAUUUUCAGCGAACCAAGCCAAGCAGGUUGCCUCCCCGCCAUGCACGCUCCCUGAGCAACCCGUUUCCUUCGUUUCUCGGUGCUGCAAGGAAGAGACAAGGCUCGACGAGCCAGCCGCAAGCUGAUUCGGACAGGGGAGAUGUUGACAACGCCAUGGCUGGACCAGGCGUUGGCAAUAGGCACAGGCGGGGUGGUCCUAUGGGUAGCAAGGACUUUGCAACGGGAAAUUGUAUGACGUGCGCAUCUUUGAUGCGGUGGCCCAAGGAAUUAAAAGUUUUCAAGUGUACUAUCUGCACGACGAUUAAUGACUUGGCCGCUCCGGGGAGCGAGGCUCUGAAGCCUGGGAUUCUCGGAAGACGGCGUGAUGGGAAUGCCCAUUCGUCGUCUGAUAACUCAACUUGCCAACCAAUUUCCUUACGACACUGUCAACGACUUGUGAGACAGUGUAUUCAUUCCUAUAUUUCUAUGAAAUUGGCUCCGAAACCAGCGCCGGAGCACGCAGGCUGGCGCUCUCCCACUGCAUCUCAAAGCAGCAUCCCAAGAUCAGAUGCUCACAGAAAUCAGCAGGACCACUCCCAUGGACGACCAAGGGGCGCCUCCUAUGGAGAAGACCAUGACGGCUGUAAUUCCAAAUAUGUCUUUGAAGAGCAGCCUACCUUGCGGCCUAGUCCACUACGGCCAAAUGCCGCCCUCAGGUCAUAUUCGUCUUCACAUUCCGAACGGCCUCCUCCGCCCGGGCAGCCACCCCUGAAUCCGAGUCCAAUGGCACGCCGCAGGGCAUCGUCGAUGAACGGCCCCUGCGAACCAAAGAGGAUAUUUAAACCCCUUGAGGAAUACAUUGCGAAAGCGUUUGGUUCAUUUGACUCUGUAAACUCGUCAUUUUCAACAGAGAACAGGGGGCGGGAGCGCCAACAAGGCGACCAAAUUCGGCGGAAACCACUGCCGUCGCGUGGAAGAUCACUCUCACAAUCUGCUGACGCUGUUCCUCGGGGGGAAUCUCAACCAGGCAUGGUCAUGGAUGAGCUGGACCCGAAGCUGCUCCUCCUGGGCGACUUUGCAGAGAAUGGCUCCUGGUGGACGGGGGGCCGUAGACAGACAGGGCCGACGAAACAAACUUCUACCCGCCGACCUGAAAGCCCCCCCAAGAAACCAGUCACAAUCAAGAGCCCGAACCUGAACUGGGAUGAGCUUGACAGUUGGUAUUCUUCAACCAUUAAUGCUGCCGAGGACUGGUUCUCUGUGUAUGAAGAUGUAUGCAGGGAACCAACUGUCAGACCCCAAACGCAGAGAGACCUCGAGGUUCUGGAGCAAGAACUGCUACAAGGGCAAGAACAUGUCCAAAGAGUGCUGCUGAAAGCGACAGAAUCGCUAUUGAAGAGACCCGGCCGGCCGAUCACCAACGCCGGCGACCUUCGGUUUCUUCUCAUCAUCAUGGAGAACCCUCUUUUGCACGCGGAGUUGAAAGGAUUUGGUGGCAUUUUACAACCAGAUGGUGUGGCUCCUCCCCCUCCCCAAGUAAUCCCUCCAAGACGAAACCUUCUCCCGAGUUCUGGGCUUUUAUCUGGCCAACAUUCAGGGAUAAUCAAGCGGAUCAUCGGUCUCAUAUCGAACACGCCUCCGGAAUGCCACAAUCAGCUCAUCACGUGGUUUUGCAAGUAUGACAACAGACGAUUUGUUCGCACCAAGGAUUUGGUAUCGGGCUUUUUGAGCUACCGACUACUCCGACAGAUUGACAAGAAGCAACCUACAGAAGUUGACAUUACGGCUGGCUUGAUACCAGAGAUGCGCGCUGGCCGCUCUGGUGCUGGUUUCUACCUUCAUGAUGAGAUCAGAAACGGAGGAACUUCUAAAAAGAGGGAGUCAGAGCACAAGAUUGCGUACACCGAGGAUUGGCAGAUUAAGGCGGCGUCCCGCGUACUUGCCCUUCUGUUCGCAGCCAAUAGUGUCCCUGGGAUCAGACAUGGCUAUUCAACGACAGCGGUUGGGGUCAACGUUGCGGCUGGUUCAACCCGCGAAUACGGGCACUCUAGUGGACAGCUGGUCCCAACCACGGACUUUUACAACUCAAUGAUAGAUUACGCUGAUUUGGUCAGCGACUUUGAGUCCUGGGAGUCGAAACGGUCCAAGUUUUCCUUCUGCCAGUAUCCGUUCUUAAUGAGCAUUUGGGCCAAAACUCACAUCCUGGAACAUGAUGCCAAGCGACAGAUGCAGAUGAAGGCACGGGAUGCCUUUCUCGACAGCAUAAUGACCAACCGCAACGUAAAGCAAUAUCUUUCUCUCGAUGUUCGUAGAGAGUGUCUUGUUGAGGACAGCCUUGCUGCCGUUAGCGAAGUUAUUGGAAGCGGAAGUGAAGAUGUCAAGAAAGGUCUCCGAAUCACAUUCAGGGGUGAAGAGGGUAUUGACGGCGGCGGACUGCGCAAGGAAUGGUUCUUGCUCCUCAUCCGGGAGGUCUUCAAUCCCGACCACGGGAUGUUUCUGUACGACGAAGACUCGCAGUAUUGCUACUUCAAUCCCGCCACUUUUGAAACGUCGGAUCAAUUCUUUUUGGUUGGCGUAGUCAUGGGUUUGGCAAUUUAUAAUUCUACCAUUUUGGACGUUGCUCUACCGCCAUUUGCCUUCCGCAAACUGCUGGCGGCUGCGCCAGCUCACGGCCUAGGCAUGUCGUCUCGCCCAAGGCCGUCGAUGCAGUAUACUUUGGAGGACCUGGCAGAAUACAGACCGCGAGUAGCCCGUGGGCUUCGUCAGCUUCUGGACUUUGAGGGAGAUGUGGAAAGCGCAUUCAGCCUUGACUUUGUGAUUGACACUGAGAAAUACGGCACAACUGUUCAGGUGCCCCUUUGCCACGGAGGCGAGCGAAAGGCUGUUACAAAUAGCAACCGACGAGAGUAUGUUGACCUCUACAUUCGAUAUGUACUAGACACGGCGGUGACGCGCCAAUUCGAGCCUUUCAAAAGAGGCUUCUACACCGUCUGCGGAGGCAAUGCCUUUUCCUUAUUUCGACCCGAAGAAAUCGAGCUCCUCAUCCGAGGAUCGGACGAGGCUCUUGAUAUUGCAUCGUUGCGUGCUGUGGCCGAGUAUGACAACUGGGAGAGCCGCCAGCCGGACGGGAGUAGCCCCGUAGUCGGAUGGUUUUGGGAAACGUUCCAAGAAGCAACACCGGGGAACCAACGCAAGCUUCUUUUAUUCAUCACGGGAAGCGAUCGAAUCCCUGCAACGGGGGCCGCUAUGCUGCCCAUCAAGAUUUCGUGUCUCGGCGAAGAUGUCGGCCGUUAUCCGAUAGCGAGGACUUGCUUCAACAUGAUUUCACUGUGGCAGUAUGGAUCGAAGCAAAAGCUGGAAGGCAUGUUGUGGAGAGCUGUGUUUGAAAGUGAAGGAUUUGGUCUGAAGUAG